UGACGCUAUCAACAAAAACAAAAUUACACACAGGCACGUGUUUAAACUUUUGAAUUUAAAAUCCUUUUUUUUCUCAAAAGAACGAAUAAUUCGUAAUAAUUAUGUGAAAAAGUGACUUCAGAAGAAUUUUGUGAAUUUAGCUAAUGUCCAACACUCGCUAAAUUCCAAUAAUCAGCUAUCGAAUCCGUUGGUACUUCGUACACUGAACCUGUGCUUCACACAAUCAAUUUUCAAGCUUCGCAAUGCCCUUUUUCAUUCGAAAAGCUGCUAAAAGAAAAAACCAAGAUGAUGGAAAGCGCUCGAAAAAAACCAAAAAAAAAGAACCCCCACCUAAGAAAGAUGAAGAGGUGGUUGAAAGCGAAUCCGACGACGACAUUUCCAUCGAACCAGAUGUCUCAUCCGAAGACGAAGAUAAAUAUCUGACAGCUCAAGAGAAGAAAGUGAAAAUAGCGCAAAAAUACCUCGCAGAUGUUCAGAAAGAAGAAAUAGAAAAACUCGAAAAUUUCGACGACGUCAGCGAUCACGUUUUGAAAAAAUUGAAACACGAUGAACUGGAAAAAGCUGGUAAAUUGAAGAAAAAACUAGCCGAUCAUAUAAAAUUAUCAAAAGAUAAGAAAUUAUUAACGUGCAAACAGCACAAAUUAAGCAUAACUUGUAUAGCUGUCUCGUCAGAUAACAAAUACCUGUAUUCUUCGUCGAAAGAUUACUCGAUUGUUAAAUGGUCUCUAGAGAGUUUCACCAAAUUGAUCUUCAAGUGUUUAAAAUUCAAGAAAAACAGCACUGAUCCAAGACAAGACUAUCACAACUGCCUUAUUAAUUGUUUAGCCAUUUCACGCGACGAUAAACAUCUCGUUUCCGGAGAUGAGAAAGGUAAUAUUCGCAUUUGGGAUACUGAAACGUUGAAUCAUAUACGUGUAUUCAAAGACCACAAAAAGGCAGUUACCGGAUUAGCUAUUUGUCGAGAUACGAAUUAUCUAUUCAGUACGUCGAAAGAUUUAUUAGUCAAGUGUUGGAAUUUAAACGAAAUGGGUUACAUGGAAACACUAUUCGGACACCAAGCUGAAGUAACAUCUGUCGAUAUUAUUAAUGAAAAUCGCGUCCUCACAGCCGGUGGUACGGAUAAAACCAUCAGAUUAUGGAAAAUUCAAGAAGAAUCGCAUCUUAUUUUCAAUGCUCCUACAUGCUGUGUGGAAAUAGUCCGUAAACUAGACGACGGAUUCUUCGUAUCUGGUGGCGACGAUGGUAGUUUGUGUUUAUGGGGUACAUUGAAAAAGAAACCUUUACACGUGAUAAACGCUGCUCACGGUUUAGAUCCAAUCAACAAACAACCCAACUGGAUAACCGCUAUAGCGGUUUUACCGAAUUCAGAUUUAAUAGCAUCCGGCUCCUGUGAUAAUAAUAUUCGAUUAUGGAAAUGGAAUCAAACAGUUAAGUCAAUAAUUCCUUUGAAUAACAUCGAGAUUCCAGGCUUCGUGAAUGCUAUUCAGUUCACUUCUGACGGACAUUAUUUAAUAGCUGGAAUAGGAAAAGAGCAUCGAUUAGGCAGAUGGCAAAACAUACAGCAAGCUAAAAAUUCUAUCAUUUGUAUACAGAUAAUGAAAAUCAACGGACUUAAUUAAUUUAUUAUAGAUUGUUGUCGUUUUUUUUAUGAAUAAUACUUUUCAUUUCACGUG